UUAAUGACGAGUUCGACAUUACGGGAGUCGUAUACUUUGUAUGUUAAACAACCGCUCAUUCAACAUGUUUAAAGUAAUUACGGUGUGUAUGUGGCUAUUCGCCUUCAACAAUCUUGUGUCGUCCGAGUAUAUUUAUGAAGGUUUGAGCAACACGUACGAACCAGACUGGUGGCAAACGGAAAUUAUCUAUCAAAUUUAUGUGAGAUCGUUCAGAGACAGCGAUGGAGACGGGAUUGGAGACCUAAACGGUAUAACAGAAAAAGUCUCAUACUUCAAAAGUAUAGAUGUUGGCGCCGUUUGGUUAUCGCCGAUAUUCCUUUCACCGCAAAAUGAUUUUGGUUACGAUAUUUCUGACUACAAGGAGAUCGAUCCUAUUUAUGGUACGAUGGCAGACUUUGAACGAAUGAGAGAUGAGUUUCACAAACAUGGCAUAAAACUUUUAUUGGACUUUGUACCAAAUCACACAAGUGAUGAACAUGAAUGGUUCCAAAAAUCAAUCAAGAAAAUAGAGCCUUUUACUGACUAUUACGUAUGGAAAGAUCCAGUCGUUGACAAACAUGGCAAUAACACGCCUCCGAGUAAUUGGUUGGGUGUGUUUAACAGUGGAUCUGCGUGGGAAUGGAAUGAUGAACGUCAACAAUAUUAUUUACAUCAGUUUCAAGUGAAACAACCUGACUUAAACUACAGAAAUCCGUCGGUUAGAGAAGAAAUUAAGAACACACUAUUAUAUUGGUUGGGACGUGGCGUCGAUGGGUUUAGAUUCGACGCAGUUAACUAUCUGUUUGAAAGAGAAGAUCUAGCUGAUGAACCAAAGUCCAACAAAAUCGGCUAUUUGGACACCGAUUACGAUUCUUUAACGCAUACGAGCACUCUUGAUCAACCGGAAACUUAUUCCAUCGUACGGCAAUGGAGACAGAUGCUGGAUAGUUACAGGACCCGGGAAAAGAAAACCAAGUUUAUGAUGGUGGAAUGUUACUCACCUUUUAAUAAAACCAUGAUGUACUACGGUAAUCAGUCAGAACCAGGUGCUCAUUUUCCAUUCAACUUUUUAUUCAUUAACACGUUCGAUCAACAAUCGGAUGCUGCUAGAGUUCAUGAAUUGAUUAGAUCUUGGAUUAAAGGCAUGCCCAGUGGCAUGUGGCCAAAUUGGGUGUUAGGUAACCAUGAUAACUCGAGAGUGGCUACAAGAACCAAUCCAAUGUUAGUCGAUGGAUUACACAUGAUUCAACAUCUUUUGCCUGGCACUUCAGUGACUUAUUACGGAGACGAACUCGGUAUGAUAGAUACAAACGUUCGUUGGGACCAAACUGUUGAUCCAGCAGGGCUUAACGUCGGACCUUAUAGAUUUUUGAAAUUCAGCAGAGAUCCAGUAAGGACUCCAUUCCCGUGGGAUAGUACAUAUAACGCAGGUUUUUCUAAUUCAUCUAAUUUAUGGCUUCCUCUUAACGCCGAUUAUUGGAAAAAAAAUAUAGCAGAAGAAACAAAGUAUAAAAGUAAUCUAAGGUCAUACAGGCAAUUAGCUCGGUUAAGGAGGAGUCUGACAUUCGUCAAAGGCGAUUUGCAUCUAUACACUUUAUCCAAAUGGGUAUUUGGAUUUUCACGGAGUUUUUAUGAUCAUCCAACAUACUUCAUUGUAGUCAACUUCGGAAGUGAAAUAGAAAUAGUUAAUUUGCUGAAACAUAGAAAUACUUUACCGAUGACUUUAAAAAUUAAGGUCUCUAGUAUUAACUCUGGUUAUGUUACCGGAAAUUUAGUAAGCACAGAAAGUGUGUUACUGCGUCCAAAAGCAGCUCUUGUACUCACAACCUCAAGAAUAAAUGAAGAUACAUUUUCUAAUUUGUAGAAUAUUAAAAAUAUAACGAACUUAUAAAAAUUAUUAUUAAUUAAAUUAUUUUAAUUAGUUCUCAAUAAAUUAAACCCGUUUAACAUUA